UAGUGUAGUCUACUUUAGUGUUUACUGUAGUGUAUUGCGGUAUUGUACUACAGUAUUUGGUCAUUUGCUCAUAUUGCUGAGGAUGUUGUGUUACUGCAGCUGUUUACUAUAGCAUGACCCAAAUACGCCCUUAUUUUAAUAUACACUGUAUUUAAAAUGAAACAUAUGGAAAUGUUCUGUGUUUUCUUUUGCUGAAGUCACUGAUGGAGAAUCAGGAGCACAGACUCUGUCUCUCCUCAGCAUCUUCAUCUCUCAGAUCAUUCAUAUGUUCAUUAAGCACAGCUCGGUUAUGGAGAUGCAAACAGUAUAGUUUGUAGCAAACGAGUACUUUUAUUUUAGCAUCACAUCGUGAGCAUUGUGUUGUUAACAUCCGGAUCAGAGAAGUUCUGCACGUUAUAUUCUUCAUGUUUCAUGUCGGUUUGUGCAUUUCCGCCGCCUACUGGCAUGGACUGAGAAUCCUCAAUAAUGACAGAAGGAAAAUCAUGUAAACUACACUGCACAAAUCAUGAUUAAAUGUAUAUGUGAGUGUGAGUGUAUGUCACCAUGAUGCUCUUCUGACAGUGUGCGUGAUUUCCUCCAGACCUUUAUUUUGCUCAGCGCGUGCGCGCGGCGCGGUGAACUUGACGCGUGACGUCACACGGGCUGCGGCGCGCGCUCGGGCUGCUGUUAUUCUGGAGGUUUUGAGCUGUGCGAGUAGUAUAAUAAAUCUUUAAAAAGUACUUUCCUGUGAUUUUCAAAUGUGCCUGAUUGGCGUGACGAUGUCACAGCGAGCAUCUAAUGUAGUGCGGCGCGGCCGCGGAUAUUCGCUGUAGGGUUUCUGAAGUUCAGCGUCGCCUCAGCGUGUAUGAGUGCUGCUUUCAGCAGGAAGAGGCCAGCUGGGAUCUGAGAGAUGUAGUGUUAUUAUUAUUAUUGUAAGCAUGGAGAUGGUGAGAGAGGAGAGUGAAGACAAGAGUGAUGCAGAACAAGAUGCUGAGGAACAUAAAGGUAUGAUGGAAGUGAAAGAUGAACACAAAGAGCCUGAAGAAGCGGAGAUGAAUGAGCAGAUGAACAUCACAAAUGAAGAACAAUCCUGCAGUUCAUCACGGAACGAUAAUCAAGUUUCACAAGCCGAAACACAGUCGAAACACUCUUUCAUUUGCUCUGAGUGUGGGAAGAGCUUCACGCGUAGAGGACACCUGAGGAUCCACAUGAUAAUCCACACAGGUGAGCGGCCGUACACCUGUAUUCAGUGCCAGAAGAGCUUCACCUGUAAAGGAAGCCUGAAGGACCACUGCAAAAUCCACUCUGGAGAGAAGCCGUUCAUGUGUCCGCAGUGUGGAUGGAGCUUCGCACGGCAGGAAGACCUGAAGAGGCACAUCAGAAUCCACACCGGAGAGAAACCGUUCAGCUGCGCUCAGUGCACGAAGAGCUUCACCAGCUCCGGAGACCUGAGGAGACACGUGCGGAUACACUCCGGCGAGCGGCCGUUCAGCUGCGCUCAAUGCAAGAAGAGCUUCACGCAGAAAGAAGGACUGAAAGAGCACGCUAAAAUACACUCCGGGGAGAAACUGUUUGCGUGCAUGCUGUGCGGGAAGAGCUUCACACAUCAGCGGAGCUUGAAGAGACACAUGAAGGUGCAUUCUGGAGAGAAGCUACACCAGUGUCCUGAGUGCGGCAGGAGGUUUGCUGAAGCAGGUAACCUGAAGACACACCUGCUGUCACACACUGGAGAAAGACCCUUCAGCUGUGAGAAGUGUGAGAAGAAGUUUUUCCUGGCCGUGCAUUUAAAGACACACAUGAGGAUUCACGAGGACGAGCGGCGGUACGUGUGCUCAUUCUGCGGGAAGAGUUUCCUGUGGCUCAAUGGCUUUAAGGACCAUCAGAAGACACACAUUGGGGAGAAACCCUACGUGUGUUUGGAGUGCGGGAGCACUUUCAUCAGACCUGGAGAAUUAAAAGUGCACGAGCGCAUCCACACCGGAGAAAAGCCCUACAAGUGCUCACACUGUGAAAAGAGCUUCACUCAGUCGGGAGCCUUGAAAAUUCACAAGCGAGUGCACACUGGAGAGAAGCCGUACCUCUGCCCUACAUGCGGGAAGACUUUCAGCAGAUACGGAAAUCUGGGGAAACACCUGAAAAAGGCUUGUCCAAAGCUGAAACAAUGAGUUCACUUUUUAAGGGGACCUAUUAAUACAAGCUGUACAUGCGCCUCUGCUGUCUCUACAGCACAGGUGUCAAACUCAAUUCCUGGAGGGCCACAGCUCUGCAGUUUUGCUCCAACCCUAAUCAAACACAGCUGAUCUAAAUAAGCUUGGGCUGCGUCCGAAAUCGACGACUACUCAGUGUAAACGUACUACUCGGCCUUUAGAAAAGUACUAUCUAUACCAGAGAUAUGCCAAAGUUGGCCCAUUGUAACCUUUGAUUUGGCCCACCAACCCAACUAAGAGGAGAGUGAGUAUGAUGGAGAGGGUUGGGGCGAAUGCCUUUAACACAAAGACUGUAAAACUACAAGAAACAGUGUGUAGAGCUACAAAAAAAAGCAAAGUGAAAUUAAAUGUGUCAGUGCUGCGCAUGGAUGGAUUUGCUCUUUCGCAGCAGUGAAUAUUAAACCAAACUGAACUAAACUGAAACUCUGAAAA